CUUUAGAAAAAACUUAAUCAACGAUAAAAAAAAAAAAAUAGAAAGAAAGAAAAAGAAAAAGGAAUGGAGAAGAAUGUUGAGAGUGAAUCAAGAAGAGAGUGGAGUGGGAUGGAAAUGGAAUCUGAUGAUGCAUGCUUUUACGUUACGCCAUACUUAGAUAAUGGCCAUUAGUCAACCACUCUACCUUCACAUCAACCUUUCCUCCAACCUCUAACCACGCUCUUUUAUUAUAAAUAUACUAUACCUUCUUCCUCAUCUUAAUAUUAUACCAAUUAAUCAAAAAAAUUCAUCCUAUAAAUUUGAAAUUAUUCAGUUGAAAUUAUUGCAUCAUGUCUCAGACCGUAGUUCUCAAUGUUGCCAUGUCAUGCAAAGGCUGUUCAGGGGCAGUGAAGCGAGUUUUGGAUAAAAUGCCAGGAGUUGAAUCAUAUGACAUCAAUUUAGAGGAGAAAAAGGUGACUGUGAUAGGCAAUGUAGAGCCUGAAGCUGUUUUUCAAACUGUAUCAAAAACUGGAAAGAAGACUUCUUUCUGGGAAGAGGCAGCACCGGCAGAAUCUGAAAAGCCGGUUGAAUCUGAAGCUAAGCCAACAGAAACAGAAACCAAGCCAGUUGAAUCUGAAGCUAAGCCAACAGAAACAGAAACCAAGCCAGCCGAAACUGAAACUAAGCCCGCAGAAGCAGAAGCCAAGCCAGCCGAAACUGAAACGAAGCCAGCAGAAGCAGAAGCCAAGCCAGAAGAAGUAGAAGCUAAGCCAGAAGAAGUAGCUGCUGCUCCGUGAGACAGUCAAUGCCUUCGCAUAGCUGGCGUGUAACCAAAUUUGAAUUCAAACGAUUCCGUAAACUAGCUAUGCGGUUGGACGUUGGAGACCGAAUCUUACUGUAAACAUUAAUUUGUGUAUCUGUUUCUUGUGAACUGAAACAUGUUUGAUUAAGAAGUAUAAGUUGUUGAUUUCAGUCA